UAACCUUACUUUUGGUCAAAUUUUAGACAUGUCAGCGGGGUUUAUGCAAUAAAAAGGAUAAACAAUUAAAAUAUCUAAUGAGGUAUCAACUUUUCGUGAAAUUAAAUAAACCUGAUCUCGACCCUCCCGAUCAAGUCUUUGCCAAGAAUAAUUCAGAUCUGGUGUCUGAAACUAAAAAUAUUAUACUUGUGGAAAACCCAGAAAAACGUAAGAGUACUGAAAGGCUUCCUGAAAAUGAGAAAGAAGCAUUCCGGUAUGAGAUACCGCAAGUAAGAGCCUCGCUUACAUUAAAGGUUAGCCCCAGUAAUAAUUCUAUAGAUUCAAAUCAACAAAAAAAAUUCGUAACAAUGUGUAAUCCUAAUAAUAUACCAAGUUGUCAGCCUGAAAACGAUACUAAAACGAGCAUAAUUGAUAAUAAAUCGAUGCCAAGUAACAGCCCUUUACCAGAAUGUAAAAAAAAGUCUUGCAACAAUUAUAAGAAGAUGGUGCUCAAAUCAGUUCCUGCUAAUAAAUCUACUUAUAAUGGACAAGCCGAAGAUAAAGAUUUUGAAAUACCUUUGGAAGAAUCCUUGCAGGCAGUAGAGGAAUUUAUUAAGAGAGAGCAGGAAUUAGCAAAAUGGCAUAUAGGUGAGAUUGUUUUAGCUAAAUGGAAGGGAAACGGUCUUUACUACAAAGCAAAAAUUACAGAAAUUUUGAUCUCUGGACUGGUAACAGUUUUGUUUGAUUCAUAUGAUGUUAUAGAAGAAAUUGAUUAUAGAGACUUAUGCAAAUAUUUCAGAAAAACCAGCAAUUUUAAGAAGAAGGGAUUGCCUAGUAAGGAUAAAGUACAGCUUGAAUUACCGACAUUUAAUGGCAAUCAUGAAAAGAAAUUUCGUAGGAGGAAUAAAAGAUCUCUUGGGCAAUUUUGUUUUGUUUCUUUCUAUAAAAAAGCCAAUAAAUGUGGGAAAAAAAGAUUAGUGGCUUCUCAUAGAAAAGUGAAAGCAUUAAAAAUUAUAAGAAACAAAAUUACCACGUGGCAUAUCUAAGAUUAUUUAUAGAGUAAGGAAGAUGUGUGGAAUUAAUUCCUUUUGAAAUGUUCGUCAUAAAUGUGAUUUUUCCUGUGUUACUAAAUUAUUCAAUAUAUAAAAAUUCUAGAUAGAAAUUUUUUAACAUACACGCUAUAAUUAAUUGAUCUUUAAAUCUUAUUGCCAAAAAAAAGCAAAGUAUAUUUUUCUAACUAAAUUCAAAAUAUGCUUAAUUUUUCCACGGAUUUAUGAAAGAAUAUAGCCACUACUCUCAACAUACACAUUUAUGUUGUGAUGUAACUGUGUUUUAUAUCUAUUAAUUGGACUUUUGUUAUGUAAUUUUUACAUUUAGUCUGUUAUAUGAGACUGAUUAUUAAAUAAUUAUGAUAAGAUAUAAUAAGUUAUCUUCAGAUACAUAUCUCGCCUUUCAUCAUUAUUUUUUUAUUAUAGAUCAAUUGUGUUUUCUUUAGUGAUUUUUUUUAUUCAAUAAUGUUGUUUUAAGUAAAAUAAAAUAAUUAAAUGUA